AUGCUUACGAAUACAAAUACAUCAUCUAUUGAAUCGAUCACAUCAAGUAAACAUUCAUUUCCAAAUACAUCAACAGGAAUAACAAAUUCAAAUUCAAUUGGAAAUACCAAUAGUCGAUAUUCACCUAGUAACUUUUAUCGAGCUGCAGCUGUAGCUGCUGUUACAAGUGAUCCUAAUAAUCGACGAUAUAUGCCAAGUACACCAUGGUCAAAAUCGAAUUGUUUUGGUGAUAGUUUUAAACUUGAAGCCAAUAGUUUAUUUUGUCCAAAUAUUGAUGAUAAUUUUCUUCGUCAAGCUGAAGCAUUUGCAAAACCAGAAUCAUCAUCACUUUAUUAUCCAUCACCAUUUGCUUGUUCAUCGGCAACAGCAAGUGCAUCAUCAUCAUCAACAAAUGUUUAUCCUAGUACAUCAUCAAUAGAAUCUCAUCUUUUAUCUGAUCAAAAUCAACAUAAUCAUCAUAGUCAAUUAAGUUCUGAUUUACAUCCAUUUUAUCAACGUCAAUAUGCUGCUGUAGCUCAUCAUCAUGCUGCAGCUGCUGCUGGUGUUUUACCAAGUAUGGUUGUUGGUAUGCAUCAUCAUAGUGUUGUUGGUAGUUUUGUACCACCACAUGAACUUGAUGUUGAUCCACGUGAACUUGAAUCAUUUGCUGAACGUUUUAAACAACGUCGAAUUAAAUUAGGUGUUACACAAGCUGAUGUUGGACAACAAUUAUCAAAAUUAAAAAUGCCUGGUGUUGGAUCAUUAUCACAAUCAACAAUAUGUCGAUUUGAAUCUCUUACUUUAUCACAUAAUAAUAUGGUUGCAUUAAAACCUGUUCUACAAGCUUGGUUAGAAUUUGCUGAAGCAGAAAUGAGACAAAGAAAAAAAGAUGAAAUGAAUGGAACGAUGAUUGGUAUAAGUGGACAUAUUAGUUCAAGUGGAAGUUUAAUUGAUAAAAAACGAAAGCGUACAUCAAUUGCAGCACAAGAAAAACGUUUUCUUGAAUCAUGUUUUCUUCAACAACAAAGACCGAGUGGUGAACGUAUUGCACAAAUAGCCGAUAAACUUGAUUUAAAGAAGAAUGUUGUACGUGUUUGGUUUUGUAAUCAACGACAAAAAAACAAACGUUUACGAUUUGCUGCUGGACAAUCAUCAUAA